AUGGAUUCGGAUCAAGGCAAGCUCUUUAUCGGCGGGAUUUCAUGGGAAACGAACGAGGAUAAGCUGAAAGAGUAUUUCCAGGGCUAUGGAGAAGUUGUUCAGGCUGUUGUCAUGAGGGAUAAGGUUUCUGGGAAGCCGAGGGGAUUUGGGUUUGUUGUGUUCUCAGAUCCAGAGAUUCUCGAUAGGGUUCUUCAGGAUAGGCACGUCAUUGAUGGCCGCACGGUUGAGGCUAAAAGAGCUUUAUCAAGGGAUGAGCAACAGGGUUCAAGAGGUGGCAACUCUGGUGGUGCACGCAGCUUUGGUGGAGGCGGCAGGACAAAGAAAAUAUUCGUUGGUGGCCUGCCGCCAACUCUGAGCGAGGAUGGCUUUCGUCAGUAUUUCGAAACUUACGGAGAGGUAACUGAUGUGGUAAUAAUGUAUGACCAGCAGACAAAUCGGCCACGUGGGUUUGGGUUCAUCUCAUUCGAUUCCGAGGAUGCCGUCGACAGGGUUCUGCACAAGACCUUCCAUGAUUUGGACGGUAAGCAAGUGGAAGUGAAGCGGGCCCAGCCUAAAGACUCUAAUAUCGGUGGUGGGGGUGGGCGAUCUUCUGGUGGUGGUUAUGGGGGCGGAGGCGGCGGAGGAUAUCAGGGGUAUGGUUCUGCCGGUGGGAAUUCAAACUCUUAUGACGUUCGAAUGGAGUCCAACAGGUACAUGCAGUCGCAAAAUUCUGGCAGUGGGUACCCAUCUUACGGAUCGUCUGGGUACAAUGCACCGGGUUAUGGAUAUGGCCCCACCAAUAACUCCAUGGGUUAUGGUUAUGGGAAUUAUGGUAAUGCAAAUCCAGGGUUUGGUGGUCCAUCUGGCGGAGGGUAUGGGAAUAACCCUAGUGCAGGAUAUGCUGGUCCUCCUGGUGCUCAGAGAAAUUCAUGGGGUUCACAUGUUCCCACUGGGUAUGGCUAUGGAGGAGGUUCACAGUGGGGUGCUGGCGGCGGGCCAGGUGGUGGGACGGGCACUGGCCAGUCUCCAAGUGGGGCCUCAGGGUAUGGGAACCAAGGAUAUGGUUAUGGCGGAUAUGGUGGAAAUGAGGGAGGCUAUGGGAAUCAAACUGGAUAUGGUGCCGUUGGUGGCCGAGCAGCGGGUGGGCCAAAUGGUGGCCCAGCUGAUCAACCUGGGGGACCUUAUGGUGGCGAUGCGAGUGGUGGUUAUGGUAAUGCAGGAUUUAGUUCAGGAUAUGGUGAUGCAUCACAGGCUUCCGGUAACUAUGGUGGUGGCUAUGGUGGCGGUGGUCCCACUCGGCCGUCCCAGCAGUGA